UGGCUCAACUGGUUCACUUACCUUUUCGAGUUUGUACCGUUCUGGAAUAGAGAGUUCUCCGCCAGGUGGCAGCACAAGAGAACUGGGCAGAUGGUGUGCCACAAACGACCGUUUUCUAACAGACGCGAAGUACGUUAACUGAGCGAAGGUCCCUACUCUUCUGCUCUUCUGAGGAUAAAGUGUUGCGUCCCAUUUUGCCCUGUGAACGAGUGCAGGGGCUGUCCCAUUCGGACCUUAAAAUCUUCAGCUCAUCUGGAUACUGUGUGAGAAUUCGCGUUUAUGUGUCCGUCUUCUAGGUUCCUCUGGCUUUUUGUGAGGAUUGAGCUCGACUGUUAUACAUGAAGUACUGGUUCAACGGCAUGUUUGUUUUAAAUCUAGUGUGGAAGGCUCGUCGUAAAGAAAAAGAUGCUGUGGCUGCGUCACAGGAAGAGUCCAAGCUUUACUUAGAGCAAGCUGUGUUGGAAUGUAGUGUUCCUGAAUCAAGACUGAGAGAAGUGAUAGAUUUACCACCUGGGAUAGAUUAUAAUGAAUGGCUAGCCUCUCAUACUAUCGCAUUCUUCGACCAUAUCAAUUUAGUUUAUGGAACUAUAUCAGAGUUUUGUACUAUGUCUGGAUGCCCAGAUAUGAAUGGUCCUAAUGGGAGACAGUACCUGUGGUUUGAUGAGAAAGGGAAAAAGUGCAAGGUUGCUGCUCCUCAGUAUAUUGAUUGUGUAAUGACGUUCACUCAGAGAACUCUAUAUGAUGAAUCAAUUUUCCCGACAAAAUUUGAUCGAGACUUCCCUAGCUCUUUUGAGUCGAUUGUAAAGAAAAUACAGCGAUUGCUGUUUCAUGUUCUGGCUCAUAUUUAUCACAUUCAUUUUAAAGAGAUUGUGCUUCUGAAUAUGCAUGCUCACCUAAAUGCGCUAUUUGUACAUUUCACUCUCUUCAAUGAGCGAUUUAACAUUGUAGAUGAGAAAGAGACAGAAAUACUUAGAGAUCUUGCAGUUGCUCUCAAACUUUAUGGCGAAAGUGCUGAUGCUACCUCGGAAUCAGAGGACAAAUGUAAAUUAAAUUCAACAACUACUACUUCUACUACUACAACUACUUCAACUACUAUUACCACCACCACUACUACUACAGAUGAGGCUGCAACAGCUGUGAUAGAGGAUGACAAUGCAGCAGAUGCAAUCAAAGACUGCAGCAUCGUAUCAAAAAGUAAUGAGAACUCCAAGAGGCCUCCAACAUAUUCACAGUCAUCACAAUCGAUUGCCUCCUCCAUCUCCUUGGCCUUACAUUCCCGGUCCAGUUCUGGAAGCCACUCAAGCAGUGGUUCAUGUGCUAUGGACUCUGCUUUAUAUUCUAACGGCACACCGCCAGCACCUAAUUUUGGUUCCUCACCCCUAAAGUUCCAGUAGAAACUUCUGUUAUAGUCACCCUGGCCAUCCACAAAAUUUUACAUACCAGUAGUUUAAAGAUUAUGAGUUGGGGGCAAGUCUGCAUGCCUGCAAAUGCUUUCUUUUUUAUGCUUAUUAUAUUUUUCUUUACUAUUCUGUUUUUUGUUGUUAGUUUGUACUUUACACAGAGAUUAAGUAAGCUCUAAAAGUUUUCUAAUUUAAUACGCUUAUGGUGAUAAAUUAAUGGAUGCGAAUGCUAAACUGAUAUUCCUGGGUUAAAAAACAAAAUUAAUUUCCUUAGAAAUAUGUAUGCUCCUUUUUGCUAGCAUACAGACUGUCCUCUAUUCCGAAUUCGUUAUCUACGUAUUAUUAAUUAAAUUAUACUGCAACUAGUUUGAAUUACACACAGUAUUGGUAUUCUUUCUUAGCAAAUCUCCUUGGCAAUGUAGCUAUUUAGAAUGUAAUUCUAGAUAAAGAUGAAAGAUAGCUUUUUCUAGUUAUGAAGUGAAGUAACACUACCACUGAGUAUAAAUUAUGUGAAAUGCAUAUGUGAGACAAUGCAAUUGAUAAAAAUCAUGUUCGUUGCAUUUCAAAAGGAAAACAUUUAACUUAACUUAUGAAAAUAUAUUUAUUUUAAAUGUUAAAUUGCAUCUGGAAAAAUACUUGAAUUGCAUAAUUAGCGGUCAAGAUUAAAAAUCAAUUGUUCUCUUGACGUUUCUCAUGUAUUGCAGCCUUUGUAUUAAUGUAGGUUUUCACAUAAUUUAUACUAUUUUAAAAUGUGGUCAGUUGUUAUAUAGGUUGAAAUUAAGUGUAAUAUAAAGAACUUUCUGAAUGUUAACGUGAUUCAUUAUUUUGGAAAGUAAUCCAUGUAAUGAGAGAACGUGUGCGACAAUCACAGCUUUGUAGAUAGAAAAACAAUAUUUUUCAUCAGAACUCUGAGCUAAGUGCAGUUAUGAUGAAUAAAAUUAUUCUUUGAUAUUUAAAAUAAUACAUGCAGGAAAUGUGCAAAAUCUAAUUCUGAAAAUUUCAGUACUUAUUCUAAUGAAAGCUUUUCCUUCAAGUACAUAAUAUUAAGAUUUUUAUUUCUCAAUACAGUAAUAUUAUCGAGACCAUUGUACUGUAGUUUGACGGAAAAGAUCUAGUUUGUUUAGGUUAAUUUCAUAUAAGCUCGAAGUAUAAGCGCCUGAAAUAGAUUUUUUUUUUUUUUUUUUUUUCAGAUGUCUCAUUGAAUUUUAUCAAAGUAACAGAAAUAUAUUUAUUUGAUAAUUUUUCUUACAAACAUCGUCUUUAGAUAGAACUCUAUCUUAAAUCUUUAAUUAUCAAAUGCCCCAAAGAAUAAAAUAUACAUUCGUUCAAAUGUGCCUUCAUGCUAUACAGUAAUAUGGUGCAUUAAAUAAAAUUUGUGCUUAUGUAACACAACAGUUAAAUUCCUCAUUUGCACUAUCUCUUUAUUUGAAUAUUUCAAAAUAUUUUAAUAUGUUUAUCGAUAUUUAUGCGAUUCCCACACAAGUUUUAAGAUUUUCUAUGCUAUUCUGCAUGUAGCUGUGAUCUUCAUUUAUCUCGUAGGAUUUAGGUGUCUCUAUAUGAAGUGAUAUAUCGAAUAAUAGAUAGCUACAAUUGUUUGGGUUUCUUUAAUUUUCGUUCAUUUAUAUUCAUGACAGAUUCCAUGUUUAAGUUUCAUUUAGUACCUACAGUAAUUAAAAAAGAUAUACUGAUCAUAUUUGGAUGGCUAGGGUGGUUUGCACCUGUGGAUAUUUCCAAUGUGGAUACAACAGUUGUGAUAGAAUCCAUUGCUAAAAUGUUAGCCUUUUGACAAAACAGCAUGGACAUUAUAUAGCAUGUAUGACUGUUUCAUGAGUCUGUGAUCAUUGUGCAUAGAACUGAUAUUUCUAGAUAUUCUUGUGUUUUUCUGUGUGUUGGGUGUACACUGGUGUUUUUCAUUGAGUGAAAAAACAAGCAAAAACCUAAGAACAUUUCUUUCUAGAAUCAUAUCUUAAUUGCUGCAUAAAAAAUUGAAUUUUUAAGAUUAAUAUUAAAUAUUUUUAAUGUAAGUAAGUAUUUUUUGAGUGAAAUGUGUAUCUUAAUUUGCAUUUUUCAAACAAAAUAUAUACAUAUAUAUAUAUAUUCCAAAAGUCGCUUUUUGAUCAAAUGAAAAAGAAAUGUUAAUGGAAUGAAUCGUAUUUUUAUCGAAUGAAUUUGUUUCAGCGUAAAAGAAAACAUUAUGAAAUUGAAUGUGCCUAUUUGAUAGUCAUUCAUGUGGCAAUGUAUUUAUUAUUUGCAUAUUCAACAUAAAUAUUUUCUUUUUACUGUUUUAUUUCCUUUUCCUGUACAUAGUAUAUAUUUUAUUCAAAGAAAAGAGAAAUGAUUGUUAAUCCUUAUUGUUAAUUCCUGAAAAGAGAAUAUUGUCUAAGAUUAGUUAACAUUGUUAUCAUUAAUUACACUAAGAAAAAUCAAUUCUUUUAAAUCGGUUCAAUCAGUGCUCAAAAGUGAGAUUUCUGUAAUAAAUGUUGGUUUUUCAUAAUUUUAAGAACUUAAUUUUCUGUUUUAAGUAUACAGGAACAUUCAAAUGAAAAUAUAAUGAAAUGUACAUACAUUAUUGUCGUUUUAAAGCAAUGAAUAUUGAAUAUGGUUCUUGUUAUUUUAACAUUAUUUGUGAUCGUUUAAUGUCUAUAUUGAUGAUUUUCGUAAUGUUUAAUUAAUAACCAUGUAUUUAAAGAAUGAUGAUUAAUAAUUAAAAAGGAAGUCUGGCGAAUUGAUUUUUGUUAUAGAUCAUAAAAAUGUCUUAAUACUGUAUCCUUGGUAAGCAAGAAGCUGUUUAUUUGGAUAUGGUUAAACCAUUUUUCAGUUUCUUUUUUCUUUCUUAUUAAUUUUCAGGUAAAUAUAUUUAAAGACAUUAAACAAGUUUUAUUCAUGAAUGACAUUUGGAGAGCUAGUCCAUGUAUAAAUUUAUUUCUGCAAUGCAUUUUAUUAAUUUGUUUAGGUGCAAUCAACUUAAUUAUUUUUUGAAGCUUCCAGUGUCAGACAGUUCGCUGUUUCUUUUAUUUAAUGAAGUUUUUCUUCAAUGAUGUAUCACAAUGUAAUGUAUUUUCCUCCCUUUGAUGUAAAGCAUAAAGUUGUUGUAGACUAGAAUAUAAUUUUUUAUGCAUUUGAUCUGAUUUGAUUCUUUCCUUUUGAAAUGAAAAUGCCCUUGUGGUUGUGAUAAAAAAAAUGGACUGAACUGUGUAUAACCAGCUAUUUAUGUAAUAUUAGACAAAAAUGUAAAGAGAUAUUGCCUUCCAAGUGGUAAUGUUAUAAAGCUUGCUAUAUUAUGUACUCUAAUAAGGGGAACAUCUUUAAGCAAUUUUUAGAUUCUUGAUGCUGAGGUAACUGCCUUUUAAAGUUGGUUUCUCUAUCUCCAAAGAGUCCAAUUGUUUGAGCUGUACUACUUCCAAGUCAAUACCUCAUUGUGUAGUAUUCUGUCUGUAUUUUCUUUCAUCUACUAUAUGACCUGGUCUAAUAAUGUACACAUGACCAAAAAUAUUGUUUGAGGUAGUAUCUAUCUGUACAAAACUGAAAAAUUUCAAAUUGAAAAAAAAAUAUUGCUGGUUGUUAGAGAUUGUGCACAUAAUCUUAGUUUGUUGAGGGACUUAAGUAUGCUGCACAAUCUGCACUUGUACAGUCCUGUAACUUUAUGAAAGAUACUAGUCAGAAGAGAAAUAAAAUUAGAUGUUAGAACUGUA